GUUGAAGUUAUAUAAAAUUCUAGAAAUGAAGAAUUGACCAGACUUAACUCCGGCUGUAAAGAAGCCAUUGGAGCGACGAAUCGAGAACAACAUACGAUUUUAUUCUCCGGCGGGCUACGAUCUGACUGGCCGGCAACAAAGGCGAUCAAAAUGAGUGAGAAUGAUGGUGAAAGAAUUGUAUUUGUAACUGUUGGGACAACUUGCUUUGAUUCCCUUGUUAAAGCUGUGGAUACUUCACAAGUUAAAGAUGAACUAUAUAAGAAAGGUUACACAAAACUAGUCAUUCAAAUGGGACGUGGGACUUACAAUCCGAUCAAGUGUAGUGGAGGAAAUGGAUGCAUAACUGUAGAUUACUUUACCUUCUCUUCCAGUAUAGCUGAUCAUUUGAGAUCAGCAUCUCUUGUGAUCAGUCAUGCAGGAUCAGGAAGCAUAUUUGAAAGUUUGCGGCUUUCUAAGCCUUUGAUUGUUGUGGUAAAUGAAGAUUUGAUGGACAAUCAUCAAAGUGAGCUUGCUGAGGAGUUGGCAGAAAGAAAACAUUUGUUUUGUGCAAGACCACAAACUCUUCAGCAGACUAUUCAGUGUAUGGAUCUGCAGUCUCUUACUCCUUAUCAUCCGGGCAAUGCCAAGCCAGUUUCCGAGCUAAUUAACAGGUUUCUCGGAUUCCCAGAGGAUUAAUGUAGCCUAAACAUGUGAAUGGCCUGUUUUUCUUGUGCUAAAUGCAGUUACAGAUAUAUCAGUCAUAGAUAACGAUACUUGAUAGUUUUGAAUUAUGUUUUUCUUCAUUCAUUCAGGUUUUUACUAGUUACAAUCAAGAAAUAAGCUACAUUAUAUUGAUGCAUAAUAUGUAUUGAAGAACAUGUUGUUGGGUAACUCAUGCAUAUAUAUCCCAAAUUUGGUACCACUAAGAAUAGUCGUCUCAUUUGAAAAUUGAGAUUUAUCCCAAAGUUUCUGUUGUAAGAUGAUCCUAUUUAUAGUUGUAAUCCUAUUGAGACUUUCUAUCUUAUUAUUUUUCUCAUUUAUUAUUAUAUUGAGAUCUUGGACCAUCUU